AUGUCUCUCAAUUGGGUAAUGCUCGAUGACCAGGAUGGCUUCGUCCGUCUUCCCAACGAACGGUUGAUCUACACCUCGCCCCCUCGCACUAGUGUCUCCUUGACACCACCGUCAGGAUAUAAAGGCGCAGAGAAACUUUCAGUCCACAGCAGUGCCGGCUGCAUCCACCUUACCAACCAAAGGGUUGUCUAUCUUCCUGCAUCCAAAAGUAAUGACUUCCAGUCAUUCUCAUCACCUCUCUUGAAUGUCCGCGACUCCCAUGUGUCUGCACCAUUCUUUGGACCCAAUGUCUGGACAGCUCUGGUGCAACCAGUAGCCGGGGGUGGUAUUUCACCAUCUCUGCCUGCCAUUCAACUGAAAGUGACAUUCAAGGAGGGUGGGGCCUUUGACUUCCACACGAACUUUGAGCGAAUCAAAGAAAGACUGCAGCAGGCUGUGGAAAACACAAGCCAAGGCACUCGGGGCCAGCAGAACGUGGAUCUCUCAGCAGUUCAUCUGGAAGAAUUGCCUGCAUACGAAGCUCCGCCCAAUGCGAGAUCCACUCAGGCACCAGAAGACUCACAAAGCAAUCGAGUAUCUGAUGGAGGUUCCGAGCCGGCAGAACCCCCUCCAUGUUACGAGGAGGUUCAGUCGCAAAGCGUAGCCCAGGAAUUGGAGGAGAGGUUGCGACGGGCCAGCUGA